AUGUCUCAAUCCCACGCCUGCUGCACCGUGCCGCCUGUCGUUGCGGAUGGCUACAAGGAGAAGGGAGAAUGGACGACCAUUCAGGGUAUGAAGACCUACGCUACCGGUCCUCAGGAUGCAAAGACUGGAAUUUUGGUGGUCUAUGAUAUUUUUGGCUACUUUCCUCAAACCCUCCAGGGUGCCGAUAUCCUUGCGACUGGUGACAAGGAGCGCCAGUACCAGGUGUUCAUGCCAGACUUCUUCGACGGCAAGCCAGCAGACAUCUCCUGGUACCCACCAGAUACCGACGAGAAGGGCAAGAAGCUCGGAGAGUUCUUCAGCACAGCGGCCGCACCACCAAAGACCCUCGAGAGAAUCCCCAAAGUCCUCGACGAGAUCCAAUCACAGCGCUCCUCGAUCCAGCAAUGGGGAAUCCUGGGCUACUGCUGGGGCGGGAAGAUCGUAAACCUCACCUCUCAAUCCGGCACCCGAUUCAAGUCCGCCGCAGCCGCACACCCAGCCAUGGUCGACGCGAACGAUGCCAAGGGCAUCACCAUCCCCAUCGCUUUGCUCCCCAGCAAGGAUGAGCCAAAGGACGACGUCGAGAAGUGGGAGAAGGAGCUCAAGGUCAAGAACCUCGUCAAGUGGUGGCCCAACCAAAUCCACGGCUUCAUGGCUGCAAGAGGUGAUCUGAAAGACCCAGCUGUCGAGGCCGACUACAAGAAGGCGUAUGAGGUUCUGCUGAACUGGUUCCACGAGACUUUGUGA